AUGGAUAGCAGCGCUUGGAUCCAUGGCUACACCGCCAACAGCACCGGCGGCGGCGGCGGCAACAUCGGCUACAUGUGCGGCUACGCUGCCAGCCGCUUCCCUUCGGCGUCUCGGUGCAGGGAGGACGACGGGCAGCAGCAUGAACUGCUCCUCAGCGCGCAGAUUCUCAACAAGAUCAGCAUGCACAUGAGCGCGGACGACGUCGAGCCAGCAGCGUACGGCGGCGCCAUCCAUUCCGGCGAUAUCAGCUCCGUGGUGGACGAAUUCGACAUCCUCCCAAACUCGCUCCACGACGCCGGUGGCUGCAGCUUUCCCUCUUCGUCAUCCACCUCCUCUUCGCUCUCCUGCAGCCCGGAGAUCAGCUCCACUGCGGCACACGUCCUCGCGGCGCCGUCAACCGCCCUCCUGUUCCCCGAGGUCUCCUCCUUCCUCUGCGACGACUUCCCCGACACGCCAAAGUCAAUAAUGGCGCCUGGUGGGAUGUCGACGAGUGCGAGUGCGUUCAGGCGCUACGAGCGUCACCUUGGCCCCCGGCGAAGGCUGACGAAGCCGGCAUGCGGGCAGAGGAUGUUCAAGACGGCCAUGUCGGUCGUUCGCAAGAUGCACACGGCCAUGAGGUACAGGCAGCAACAACAGCAGGAGCAGUACUACUACCAGCAGCAGCAACAGCAACAGCAGGCGUCGGCGGCCGAGGCGUCGGGAAACCAGCUGCAGCACAUGAUCUCCGAACGCAAGCGCCGUGAGAAGCUUAACGACAGCUUCCACGCCCUCAGAACCGUCCUCCCUCCGGGAUCCAAGAAAGACAAGACAUCGAUACUGAUCAUCGCGAGGGAGUACGUGACCUCGCUCAAGUCCAAGGUCUGUGAGCUCGAGGAGAAGAACCAGGCGCUCCAGGCGCUGCUGGCACGGGGCCCCACCAGCGGCGUCGGCGCCGAGGAAGACAAGAAGGUCGAGAUCCAGAUAACUGCCGCGGGGGGCGACCAGAGCGGGGAGGUUUGCACGGUAAAGAUAGCGGCGAGGCCGGCGCGCGGGAACACGACGGACGUGGUGCUCAGGACGCUGCAGUGCCUGAAAAAUCAGAUCGGGGAAGACGUCAGCCUGCUCUCGAUGAGCACCGACCAAGCCGGCGACGGGCCUCAUGGAGCAAGCCUGACAUUGCACCUCAAGUCGGGAGCGAAGUGGGAAGAGGAGGCCGUCAGAGAAGCCGUGACGAAGGCCGUAACGACUCCGGUGCCGGCCGGUCUCGGCGGAGCGGAGUGAUGGAGCCGGUGGAGCAUGACCGCGAUCAGCUCGUGAUAGCUCGCUCGUCUACGCCUCAGGACUCACGAGACCGUCGCUAGCUGGGAAUCCCACAUCCACCCACUGGUCGACGCGAUGUGGUCAGAACAACAAGAGGAAGAGGAGAUAUCAAUCACAGUAAUACUCCAUGCUGGAGAAUUCAGCCGCAGA